CACAGUUGAUAAAGUCUAAAUCAUUAAAUAAUGCUUACAACUUUUCGGAAAUUGUGGAUUAUAUUAUUUGCAGUAGUUUUGAUCAAUAUUGUUUUACACGUUAUAUUUCCAUUUUAUCAAAUAUUUCAUACACAAAAGCAGAAAUCACCGAGCAAAUAUAAAUAUGGCCCUCCAGUGACUGUUGAUAUCCCAGAAAAUGUAAAAACUCUUUACAACUUAAUAAUUUGCUGUGGAACGGAAAAGCAGCAGGUAGAUGAAGUGGAAUUUAAAAAAGAAGAUAAUGUAAUCAAUUUGAAAGCAUUGGAUUUUAAGUAUGAUUCUUAUUUUGAGACAAACGUCGACCAAUACUUUGAUAGGCCAUGUCCGUUUAUAUCACCUGGCCUUGGCCCCGUGGCCGAAGACAGAUCGUUUAAGAGUCUCUUGCUCAUGGAAGACGUUCACUUGCGGAUACAACCCGGUGGAAUCCACAUACCCAUUGAAUGUAUUGCGAUACAAAAAGUAGCAAUUGUCGUGCCGAUUGACGAAACACUGCCGAAUUCAAAGCAAAAUACCUACAGCUUUUUAUAUUACAUUCACCCUUUUCUAAUGAAACAACAACUGGAAUAUCAAAUCUUUCUAAUAAUUAAACCAAACGCUUCUGUGCCGUAUAGGCGGGGAGAACUAUUUAACAUCGGUUUUAAACAAGCUCAAGCAUACCGCAACGAGGGCUGGGACUGUGUUAUAUUCCACGAAAUUCAUCUCAUACCUCUCGACACUCGUAACUUGUACCGAUGCAGUCACCGGCCAAGGAUGCUCAUAGCUGAUUUCCAAAAACCGAUCAAGAAAGUUUCUUAAUACAUUUGAACAUAAAACCAGUAGAAUUUAUUAAACGUAUUUAAUAUAAAUGUA